ACGCACAGCAGCUCCAUCACUCCACCACAACCCUGAUACACUCAUACCAAGCAGUAAUCGAUGUCGAUGGAGGCUUCACGCAAGCUCCUCUCGGCGGCGCUCCUCCUGGUGCUGCUGCUGGCGGCCACGGGGGAGAUGGGAGGCCCGGUGGCGGUGGCUGAGGCGCGGACGUGCGAGGCGAAGAGCCACAGGUUCAGGGGCCCCUGCGUGCGCCACCGCAACUGCGCCAACGUCUGCAAGACCGAGGGCUUCCCCGGCGGCAAGUGCCGCGGCUUCCGCCACCGCUGCUUCUGCACCACCCACUGCCGCCAGUGACCAACCUAUUGCCUCUACUUCGUCCGUACGUCCGCCUAGCUGCAGCCUGCCUGCGUGCAUGCUGGCUUGCUCGCACCUCUGUGCGUGUAUUGUAGUACUGUGUCCAUGAAUAAACCUCGGCCUGUCUGUCAUGGCAUGCUGUGAUUGGUUUAAGAAACGCAGGUCCCCUUUUACUUUAUACUACUUCCUAAAAACACUCUUAUAUUAUGAGACGGAUGGAGUAAUAAUUAUUCCUUGUGUCGCCCGUUC